GUCGGGAAUCAUUUGGAGGUGACACCGAGACGUGGGAUUAGCCGCCUUUCGCGGAGUCUAUGGCCUUGAACAGAAUUCAUUGCGACAAAACGGCGAAGGUGAACGACGGAGGGCAGUGAGACUGCACACAGCACAUCUCCCUGUGAGGCUUUUUAAUGGGACUAAUGUGAUCGGACGUAGGAGCUGCAGUUCUCAUGUGCGUCUGCACACAGGCCGGCAACAUGCAAAUUAUGCCCCACAAAUGCAAAUCCUUCCCUACCAGCGGCCUACAGUGGAGUCAGCCGAGCUCACAGACACCUCCCCUCGAUCCUUCUCCUUCCAUAACAGAGAGGCAUCGGGUCGUUUGAAGCUUACUGGAGCUCGCUCAGAAAACGUAAGGAGAAGGUGAAGCUUAAGAGGAAAAGAAGGGCAGAGAAGGAUGAAAAGAGAAACCCGAGAAGAAGGAAAGGAAGGCGAGAGAGGAAAAGGGAAGGAAAAGAAGAAAUGAGAGGAAGAAAUGUCAUCAAUGGCAGAAGUUUUUGAGGAGAGACUUUGCGAGCUGAGCCCAGGGUGGAGAGAGACCUGUGCUGAGGACAAAAGGACCCCCCCCCCCCUUCUUAAAUCCACACCAGGGACUUGGAGGAUAACUGGAACUCAAAGGAAAGUACAAGUAAAGUAAACCACUCAAUUGAUGAUCUCAUUCCCUUCUCACUCUGUCACCUGUGUGCUGUGAUUGACAGCCCUUUGGACGGCCAAAGCUGCUGCAGAGAACCGUGACUGAUCUACUGAUCUGGGCAGAACUGAGUUCAAGGGGACUCCUCUGUAAAGUGGGGAGAAAAAAGACCCCAGCCAUGGGAGCUUAAACAAAAAGACCCUGUUUGCGCCUUGCGGUAACAUCCGUCCUGAGGGAUCCGAUCACAAGUGGACUGCUCUAAGUACAGGUGGAUUACAGAGUCAAGUAGAUACGUGAAGGGCUGAAAACGUUUACUGCCAUCUGGGCAUAAAUCAGCUCUCCCAAGACACAAAGUAGACAUUUCAAGCAUAUGGAAAACACUGUCGCAGAAAAGAACCAAACACCCGGGAAAGAAGCACUUUCAUGAAGACGACUGCAGCACCACAUAUGCAGCUAAACCUCACCCUCUCCUCCUCGUCCUGCCUGCCUGUCAGUGAAGAAGACCUGCUCCCAUCCAUUCAUACUUACAUUCAUCUCCAUUAUUAAGGCUCUGUCCUGGCUGACAUCGGAUAAUAUGACAUGACAUCAAAAGAAUGUGGGGAGAAAUCGAACCUGCCGUUGAAACACAACGGAGUCCGUGUGAGAGCGAAGACGAGGGCAGAUUACCGGAGGAGCCCUGGACACGGUCCCAGAGAUGUGACUUCAAGAGCCGCACAGACACCGAGCAGCCGCCGCAUGACGCUCCGUACUCGAACCAGGCGGAGUCCAGUUGCGUAGACGCCAUGGUUGAAACCAUAGCCUUGAGUGGGAGCCCCGUGAAGAGCCAACAGAUAGGAGACGCUGAGCUGACCCUGGAGCAGCGCCGAGAGGAGCUCCUGCAUCAGUACAGAAGCCGGCCGCUGGUGUUCCUGGAGAGGUAUCAUGCCUGCCUGAAGCCUCAGCACCUGUUGGCGUUUGCCCACGUCAGCCCAGACCCUAGAGCUCAACAUUACUGCACAGUGAUACAGAGACGAGCUGCAGGAUGUACGAACAGGACCAGGGUCCGAAACCAGCGCUACGCUGCCCUCAGAGCCCUGCAGAAAGAGGGACAGUAUUUCAGUGAAGAACAGAUGCGAAUCAGGGAGCCGCUACUGUACGAGCAAUAUAUUGGCCAAUACCUGACCGACGAGGAGGUGCUGGAGCGCUCCCAGGAUGCCAUGUUGGAAGGCGAAGCGGGGGAACCAGGGGCACCGGCAGGCGGUGCCGGGGGUCUCGCGCACCUCCUCCUUAACUCCUACCAGGAGCGGCUCAUCCAAAGUCGUCUGCAGGAGGAGCAGGAGAGAGAGGAGGGUGCACUGGAGGAGGAGGAGGACGAAGAAGACGAUGAUAAUAGAGUCCAUGGGAAGGAAUGGGAGCCUACCUCUGAGGAGAAGUCUCUGCUCAGGGAGGAGUUCAUCAGUCAGAUGCACCAGCGCUUCCUAGAUGGCAAAGACAAAGAUUUCAAUUACAGUGAGGUGGAUGAGAACCCGGACUAUGACAACUUGGACAUUGUCAGCAGAGACGCUGAGGAUAAAUACUUUGAUGAAGAUGAGGUGGAGGAGGAAAAUGAUGAAGAGGAAGAAGAAGAUAUGACAGACUAGCAACUGUAGCGCUGUUUAACCUCUCAGAUUUAAACUGUAAAUACACUUGUACAACAUGAGGAUAUGUAUUCUGUGUCACAGCUGGUAAUAAACCUUGCUUGUAAGUCUUGUAAGGCAA